AUGCAGAAUCGAUUUCCCACCUUUGCCCUUGGGCGCGCCAUAGCGACGACCUCGAGGCAGCCUACAUCUCGUCAGGCUUGUCGUCGACGCUAUCAUGCGCCCAAUCUUGGCCUACAAGAACCAGCAAGAACAGGUCGAGGCCAAGGAUGGCGUGCGGCUACCAUCGGAGCCAGUUUGGCAUGCGGUACGAUCGCCUACCUUUACCUGACUAGGGAUCGGGUCCACCUCGACACCGAGACUCGACCUCGCGAUCGUAAACUGGAACAAGGAGCAGGAAGAGGUCUGAUCUCGAUGUCAGAGGUCGAGAAGCACAACAAACCAGGGGAUCUUUGGGUCGUCAUCGAGGGAAAGGUUUGGGAUAUGACCGAGUUCAUCGAAGAUCACCCAGGAGGAAAAGCCCCGAUCCUCCGACACGCAGGGAAAGACGCGACGAAGAUCUUCAUGCCCCUCCAUCCACCUGGCACUUUGGAGAGCGGGAUAGAUGCGGACAAGAUGAUCGGCUUGGUAGAUCCGACGACCGUCAAGGAAGUGGAAGCACAGCCCGAAGCGGGUUCUGAGGGGAGGGAGGGGGACAAGGUGCCGUUAGGGCAGAUCAUUGGGUUGCCGGAUUUUGCGCCCGCAGCUGAGCAAUUGUUGAAUGCGAAAGCUUGGUCUUAUUAUUCGGCUGGGGCGACUGACGAGCUGACCUUGGCCUUGAACAAAUCGGCGUACAACGCGAUCCUCUUCCGACCCAGGGUCAUGAUCGACGUCGAUACGGUGGACACGCGGACAGAGUUUUUGGGACACAAGACGUCCCUGCCGAUCUUUGUUGCGCCGGCGGGGAUGGCCAAGCUGAGUCAUCCGGAUGGAGAGGCGGCCUUUUCCAAAGUCGCUGGUGAACACGGGAUCAUCCAAUUCAUCUCUACCAACGCCUCCGCCGGCCUAGAGACCAUCAUCGACGCCCGAGCCGAACCCGAUCAGACCUUUUUCAUGCAACUCUACGUCGACAAGAAGAGGGAGAAGAGCGAGGCGUUGAUCAGGAAGAUAGAGGACUUGGGGAGGUUGAAGGCGAUUUUCGUCACCGUGGACGCUGCGGCGCCGGGAAAGAGGGAGGCUGAUGAGAGGGGCAAGGCGGAGAUCGAGGUGGCCUCGGGGAUCUCGGGAGGCAAGAUCCAAUCCGACAGUAAAGGCGGUGGGAUCGGCCGUUCGGUCGGAGGGUUCAUCGACCCGAAACUGAACUGGUCGGAUAUCGGCUGGUUGAGACGACAUACGCGGUUGCCCAUCGGUUUGAAGGGGAUCCAGACCGUCGAGGAUGCUAAACGGGCGUAUGACAUGGGCUGCGAAGCCAUCUACCUCAGCAAUCACGGCGGACGAGCCUUGGAUGGCUCGCCACCCGCCCUAUACACCCUCCUGGAGAUCAACAAGUUCUACCCAGAAAUCCUCCGGAGUGGGAAAUGCGAGAUAUAUAUCGACGGCGGGAUUCGAAGAGGCACGGACGUAGUCAAGGCGCUCUGCCUGGGCGCAAAGGGGGUGGGCAUGGGGAGACCUUUCAUGUACGCGUUGACUUAUGGGGAGGAUGGGGUGGCGCAUGCAAUAGAGAUCAUGCGGGACGAGAUCGAGACGACGAUGCGUCUACUCGGGGUCACCAAACUCUCACAACUCGGACCUCACUUGCUGAAUACAAGAGCCCUCGACCCGCUCUUGAACGAAGCACCGGUGUAUGGGCCUGACGAAGUCGUCCCGGGUCUGGGUCAGGGUCGAUGAGGGCUCCGGAGUCUCUGAGUCUUUGGGCUCUGUCUAAAGGAGCCCACCCACCUUUGAAGGCCGUGACCUGCCUUUGACAAAAGCCGUCUACGAUUGGUCCGGUACCGCAUGAAUCCCCGAUCAGUCGAUCUCACUUUGUAAUCAGCACUUCAUGUCGGCUAUGAAACUAC